AUGAAUCUUCCAGAACAUAAGGUUGAAGAACUGAUCCCAGGGGCUGAUAAGUCAAGGUGGAUGGUGCAUAGUAAUCAUAACAUAAGAUGUUUCACAAAAUCUGAGGUAGAAAUCAUAACCAACAGCUAUAGAACUAUGAUCGGCAGAGGUGGCUUUGGAGAAGUAUUCCAAGGAGUUCUUGAGGACAGAAAUAUGGUUGCAGUGAAGAGGUUUAUCAACAAUGUGAAAGAUGAAGAUUUUGCUAAAGAGCUGAUUGUCCAUCGCGAAAUCAACCACAAGAAUGUAGUAAAGCUCAUCGGUUACUGUAUGGAGGAAAAUGCUCUAAUGAUGAUCACUGAAUUCAUCCCUAACGGAAACCUGAGUGAUGUUCUUCACCGUGACAGUGGUCACAUUUCACUGGACAUGCGACUUAGAAUCGCCACAGAGUGUGCGGAGGCAAUGGCAUACAUGCACUCUUACAUGUAUACUCAGGUCAUCCAUGGUGACAUCAAGCCUGCUAAUAUAUUGUUAGAUCACAGCUUUUGUGCCAAAAUAUCGGACUUUGGAAUUUCAAGGUUAGUCAACACAGAUGAUACGUUGUACACUGGUAAUAUAAAAGGAAGCAUAGGUUAUCUGGACCCUUUGUUUGCUCGGGAUGGAUGUCUCACUGUGAAGAGUGAUGUGUACAGUUUUGGAGUUGUCCUCCUGGAACUGAUCACUAGGAAAAAGGCAACAACGAAAGUGGGGGGAGUCAGCAUCAUUGACCUAUGUACAGAUGCUCUUUCAAGAGAAAUUAGAGGGGUUUUUGAUGACAAAAUCGCUAACCCAGAUAACAUGAACAUUCUUGAAGGGGUUGCAAAGCUAGCAGGUGAGUGCCUGAGGAUGGAAAGGGACAGACGUCCUGAGAUGAUUGCUGUGGCAGAGCGCCUUCGCAGGCUCAGGAAAGCUUCUCUUCAGGGACAAAAACGGAGAGGCUGGUUUUCUUGGGCCACCAAGAGCUUGCCUCCUGCACCUCCCUCUCCGGAACUGUACCGCAAGUUCUCGUUUGCAGAGAUGAAAGCUGCGACACAAAACUUUGACAAGUCCCUUCUUGUUGGUAAGGGUGAAUUUGGUAGGGUUUACCGUGGAAUGAUUGAUGGCAGCGGGACAAAUAUGGUGGCUAUCAAGUGUCUGAAGUGUCGACACACGGUAAAGAUUAGAUCGAUGCUUCGUCACCGUCAUCUUGUGCCAAUGAUUGGUUACUGUGACGAGGAUGAGAUGAUCCUGGUUUAUGAGUACAUGGCUCAUGGAAGUCUGCGUGAUCACCUGUUUGAGACACACAACUCACCCCUCACUAUGAAGUCACCCCUUAGCUGGAAGCAGCGUCUAGAGAUUUGCAUUGGCGCAGCUCGUGGCCUUCACUACCUUCACACAUGUGCAGAGAAGGCCAUCAUCCACCGCAACGUGAAGCUGGUCAAUAUUCUCCUGGAUAACGAGUGGGUCGCCAAGAUUUCAGAUAAUAUCGAGACUGAUCCAAUCACCGACACAAUAUGCAAUGCACACGGUAAUAUCUACGAUCCUGAAUACGACUCUACCGGCAGGCUAACUGAGAAAUCGGAUGUGUUUUCUUUCGGUGCUGUGUUGCUUGAGGUGCUCUGUGCCCGGCCAUUUCUGGGAAAAGAUUGCCUGUUACACUGGGCGGUCCGUUGCAAGGAAGAGGGCAACCUUCAUCAGAUUGUCGACUGUCACCUAAAGAGAAAGAUGGAUCCACACAGUUUGUUCAAGUUUGUCGAAACUUGUGAGAAGUGUCUUGCUAAUCUGAGUAUUGACCGGCCAUCAAUGGCGGAUGUGAUUGCCGACCUGGAGUACACACUUCAGUUGCAGGAGAGUGCAGAGGCUGGUGGCAGCAGGGCAGGUGAUGCAAUGAGCCUGGAGGUUGACAGCAAUACGGACUCCAUGGCCUGGUGGUACCUAUCAACGUCGUCUUCUGGCAGCUCCUGA